UGGAGAGGGGAUAGGGGGUGUAGGAGGGUGGGGAUGGAGCUGAGAGUCCCCAGGAGGCGGGGGGCCCAGGAGCCUGUAGCUUCCUUCCUCCGGGACCCGAGCACAGGGCGCAUCUACAGGCGGGGGCGACUGCUGGGCACGGGUGCUUUUGGCAGAUGCUAUAAACUGACCGACAUGUCGACCAAUAGAGUCUUUGCCCUCAAGGUGGUGCCCCGGGGAAGACUCAGUGGGCUGGACCAGUGGGGGAAGAGAGGACCACCUUCUCGCCGGCAGGUGGAACGGGAGAUUGAGCUCCACAGCCAGCUCAGGCACCGGAACGUGGUUGGCUUCCACGGGCACUUUGCUGACCAGGACAAUGUCUAUUUGGUGCUAGAGUACUGCAGCCGCAAGUCCCUGGCCCAUGUCCUGAAGGCCCGGAAGACGCUGACUGAGCCUGAGGUCCGCUACUACCUACGGGGCAUUGCAGCUGGCCUGCGAUACCUCCACCAGCAGGGCAUCAUCCACAGAGACCUCAAGCUCAGCAACUUCUUCAUUACCAAGAACAUGGAGGUGAAGAUUGGUGACUUGGGGCUGGCGACAAAAGUGGGGCCUGGGGGGCGCUGCCAUGGGGGGCUCUGCGGGACACCCAACUACCUGGCCCCCGAAGUUGUCUCCCGCAAGGGUCACUCUGUCCAGUCAGACAUCUGGGCUCUGGGCUGUAUCAUGUACACGGCGCUGACAGGCUCCGCCCCCUUCAAGGCUAGCCCGCUGCCUGAAAUGUAUCAGAACAUCCGUGACGCCCGCUACCCUGUGCCCACUCACCUGUCACCCAACGCACGGAGGCUCAUUGCCCGCCUGCUGGCCCCCAACCCCGCGGACCGGCCCAGCCUCGACCAGGUCCUGGAAGAUGACUUCUUCACUCAGGGCUUCACUCCAGACCAGCUGCCUCCGCGCUCUUGCCACACGGCGCCCAUUUUCACCAUCCCCCAGCCCUUGGACAAACUCUUCCAGAAGGCCACCCAACUGUUCCUGGCCGUGGCCCAGCGCCGGACCCCACGGUCAUUUGUCCCAAAGAUGCCAACAGCCCCAGCCCCCGAGGAUCCCCAGAAGACUCCCAGGGAGGCAGGCAAUGAGGGCCUUUCCCAUCCUCCCCACAAGGCUGAAGCCCCUGAGGAAGAAGCUCAUCCCCAGGAACCCUACCUGGAGCCCCCCAUCCACAUCCUGCUCCGGAGGAGCCUCAGGGGUCACCCUCCGGGCACAGAAGAGAGCCUGGGGAGCCUGGGGGAUGGGGUGGAGGUGGCCACGAGGCUCCUGCGGAAUUGCCUGGACUUGAUGCCCUUAGGGCAGCGGGACCCGCCAGGGCAGCAGCGGCCGGUGCUCUGGGCCACCAAGUGGGUGGACUAUUCUAACAAGUACGGCUUCGGCUACGAGCUUUCCGACGGCAGCACCGGGGUCCUCCUGCGGGAUGGCACCCACAUCGCGCUCCAGCCGGCCUUGGGGUGCAUAAGCUACUGUCCGGUUCAGGGUGAGGCGGUGACCUUUACCUGGAGGGAGAUUCCUGACUCCUUGGCCACCAAGGUGGCCGUGCUGCAGCUCUUUACCCGCUACAUGAAGCGCUGGCUGUUAGAGGGUGGGAGCCUCCCCACGCAGCCCAGUCUCAGUCCUGGCCCGGGCUUCUCCCUGCUCCACUUCCUCAAGUCCGACCAGGCCCUGCUCCUGCUCUUCAGUGAUCAGACCAUGCAGGUCAACUUCUACCAUGACCACACCAAGCUGCUCCUGAACUGGGCCAGAGAAGAGCCCCUGCUAACAUACAUUGACCAGGAGCGGCGGGCCACCUCGCACCCACUGGGCACCCUGCAGGGCCAGGGCUGCAGCGAGCCCCUGCGUCAGCGCCUCUGCUACACCCUCCACCUGCUCCAGACCUUCUAGCACCCUUUCCUUGGCCCUCUGGGAUGCCAAGGAGAGGAGGCAGGGGUCUGCGGGGCAGCUGCCUACACCCCAGUGAUGAGAAAAGCUGCCGAGGAAAAACUGCAAGUAGGGAAGAGUCGGUGACCGUGGACUAAGGGGGCAAAGAGCACAGGAGGUACAGAGGGCAUUAGCAGGUGCAGCUGGGAUGAGGGAUCGGGGAGAAAUGGAAAAUAGGAGAGGUGCCUUGGACAGUGAAAAGGAAGAUGAAGGCAAAAAACUGGGGGUGUGAAAGGUGUAAGGAGGACUUUUAGAGAAGUUUAGAGUCAAGACCACAGAGGAAGGACUAGACCCAGGCUCCUCACUCACUCCAGGCUGCCCCGUUCAGGAAAACCGGCAGUUAUUGAGGCUGGAGUGAGACGAGAGCCAAAAAUGAGGGCAGAAGCAAAGGCAAAUGGAACAAGGAGAGCUGGAGUUUCCUUUGGCCCCUAUUGACCCACCGAGUUCCAGGCCAGUAUUCAGCCUGGGCUGAAAACACCCCCAAACCAACAUGAAACUUAAAAGGCAGAAGUGUAAAGCUCUGCUCUUGGGUUCAAAAAAGUAACUACACAAGAAUAAGAUGGGGGAGACGCAGCCAGAAAGAUCACGUGGAAAGGAUCUGGGGGUUUCAUAUGAAGCAAUUACAGACAUUGCAGCCCCCAAAGCUUGACAAUCUUGGGCUGUCCAAGAGAGAAAGAGCAUCGAGAAGGAAGAAGGCAGGAGACAUGCGGCUUCCUGCCUUGGUCAGGUCUCUAGAAGACAGUGUUCAGAUUUAGGAAGGACAUUGGUAAGUGGGAGCUCAUCCGAAGGUUGGACAGCAGUGAAAGGCCUGAAAAUUGUCAUAACAGAUCAGCUGAAGGAACCUGGGGAUGUUAGAGAACAGAUUUGGACAGUGGAGGAUGAGACGCAUGACAGUUAUUUGGGGCUUUCUCCCCAGUAUCUGAAGGCUUGUCAUGUGGAGCAGGGGUGGAUUUCCCCUAUUUCAGAAUUGUUCUGCCUGCUCUUGGAGGGCAGACCUAAGGGCGUUGAAUGGAAGUUUGGAGAAGGAAAUUUAGGAGGAAUCUGUCUGAUGGAUUGCUCUGGAGGUGGGGAGGGGGUGUCUUCUUGUUGGGGAUAUUGUCACAGAUUCACAUUACAGGAAGGGAUCCUCCAAAGUUUCCCCCAACUCUGUGAUCUUACGGCUGAUUAAAUAAUGUGGGAGAGGGGCUGAUGGGGCCCUGCCCCUGCUGGAUUUGGCCUGGGGCAGGCAAGCCCAGGCCAGGAGGCCCAGGUGGGAGCUGCAAUGGGCUCACGGCACUGGACUGAGUGUCUCCUAAAUGAUCUUUUUCAUUAAAGAAAAAAGCUGGGAUCGGAUCCUGUUAUCUGUUUGGGAGAAGGGGAAAGAUGGCAAAGAGUCUUACUGCCUGCCAGGGAGGCCAGGCUUCCUCACCCACAAAGCUGAGGGUCUCACCCUACUCAGCCCAGGGACAGUGACAAGGAAAAGUGGUGGGGAUCUCUUUGAACCCUUGAGUCUAUUAUAUUUGGACUUAAAUGAUCAGAGUUCAAAGGAACCCAGAGCCUGGCAAGAUUAUCCCAGCCUUUGUGAUCAGCCCAGUCUCGUCAAGUGUUUGGUAGCCUGGGCAGGAAGAUGAGGCAGGAGAAAGAGAAAUGGAUUUGGAGUUUAAAGAUGGUUCUUUGCAGCUGACUGUUUAUGACUUUAGGAAAGCCCCCUUCCAUCCCCAAACCUCAGUUUCCUUAUCUGUAAGCUCCAAAUUCCUUUUCAGCCCUAAGGUCCUAAGAAGAGGAAUAUGGGUGGGAGAAGAAAAAAAAAUAAUAGGAAAUUCCACUUGGCAGCCCAACCUGUACAUAAGCCCCUCAGUUUUUCCCCACAGAAAUUGGAGCUGGCCAGGGAGUAAGACCAAGAGUUGAGGGACUACUGUGGAGGGCAGGGGAUGUGAAAUAUUAAUGAGACCACGCUGGAUUUUUCAAAGACUCAUUCCAUGAGAAGGGGAGUCAGGGCCAAACCGGGGCUUCUGAGCUCAGCCUCCAAGCUCUGCAGGGAUUUCUCCAAAGGUUUUCUUUCCCCCGCCCUAGUCCCGUCUGCGCCAAGUCAGGGCUUUUAAUAUCUGUCUGGGAUGGAAAUAGCCAAACAGCCAGGGCCUGAAUUCCUGACUUAGCUGGGCAGCCCCGAGCUGUCUGAGACAUAGACAAGGGUAGGGUAGGGCUGGUCUCAAAGGUGACCCAUGUGGGUCAGGAGCUGGUCAGAUAGCAAAGAACCUGGACUCUCCAUGGCCCUGCGAAAAAGGCAUGUGGGAGUUGUUGUCCACUCGUGUUUGUAAACAUCCUGGGAUGGUUCUAGAUUCUAGAGCUGUUGCCCAUUUGUGUUUGUGGACAUCCUAGGAUGGUUCUAGAUUCCAGAGUUGUUUUUCCUCUUGUGUCAGUGGAUAUCCUGGGAUAGUUCUAAAUUCCAGAGCUGUUGCCUGUUUGUGUUUGUGGACAUCCUGGGGUGGUUCUAAAUUCCAGAGUUGUUGCCCACUUGUAUUUAUGGACAUCCCAGGAUGAUUCUAGAGUCUUCUAGUGCUUUCUCACGCCAGAAUUCAAUAUAAGAUGAAUGAAUGGUCUGAUCCAGAGGUAGAAGAGGGUGAUCAUAUUCUUGCAAUAGCAGAGGACAAAGUCUCAAGACCAUUGCAUACUGGUCCUAAAUCUAAAUCCUAUUGACAAACUAGAUGUGAUCAGAUGGCAAAAGCGAGUUGGAAAGGUUGAUCCAGCUUUAGAGUUAGCGGGCCUCUUUUCCUAAAUGGCAGGAACAGACCUCAAAUAUACUUGAAUUGCUUAUGAAAACUAAAGGAGGGAAGCCCAGAAGCUUGAAGCUUUUAUGAGCAAAGUCCAAGAUUUGGGAGCUCCUACCAAGCUUGAAAUGCUUUAAACGUAGGUUUUGUGAUUAUGACUAGUUAGGAGACCAUUCACUGCACCUUAAGUACAAAGCAUCUGUUCUCCUGGAGAAUCUAGGGCUCAGGACAUGCAUUGCUUCAAUCCCAGCAAGAAAACAAGGCUAGAGAGGAUUGUGAUCUGACUUGGUGAAAGGAGGAUUAAGUAUCCCCAGGGCCUACACAGCUGAAAUCAUGAGUGCUUGAAGCUUAAGUCCAAUCAUCCAGAGCUUUCUCCAAACUCUUCUAGAGCGUUUAUUCUUGGGCUAUGUCAUUUUACCUAGGAACCAGAUUGCUAUUAUGAUUCCUCAUAGGGCAGCCGUGAUAGGUCUCAAGGUUUGUUUGCUUUUGUGUGUGUGGUUUUUUUUUUUUUUUCAUUUCAAGGUUCUCCAUACUUUUAGUUUUGGGGUCUGAGGAAUCCUAUCUUUAAUUUUCUCUUUGCAUCAUCUCAUCAAACAGUUUUAGAACUGCAGGGCCCUGUUGUGUUAUAUAAGAAACUGAGUGGGAAUAAGAUCCGACUUCAACUUCACUCGUCUACUCCAAGUGAUCUUGGAGAGGUCAUUUAGUUUCUGGCAAGGUAUAAUAACCUCUUCAAUGUAGACCCUUGGAGUGCUGUGAUGAUCAAAGGAGAAGGGAGAUACUGAAGCUUAUGUAAACUAGGUGGCUAGGAAAAUAUAUACUAUUCUGAUCACUGGCUACAACCCCCUUCAUUUCACAGAUGAGGAAACCAAGGUACAGAGGGAAGGGACACCUCUUGGGAUUGCUGUGAAGAUCCUGUUAAGGGAAUGUCUUUAUAAAGGUCUUGGUAAAAGCAUGCUAGGGCUGCAAAGUAAUGAGAUGCAUCUUGACAUCAGUAAAUAACAAAUUAUCCGUCCAAGUGUGUUUGUCCGUCAAGCAGGCUAUUUCCCAGCGGAUCAUAAACGGCCUAAAGACAGAUAUUAUUAGAAACGUUUUGUUUCUGAUCAUUUCCAUACAAUAAAUGUUUAUCAUAGAGGAUUCCCAACUCACCCAUAACAUCUUCAUGUAGUUUUAAGGCUUACAAAGUACGUUUCUCAUUCACUGAGGGAAUAAUACUAAUGUUAUUUCUCAUUUUACAGACUAAGAAACAGAGACUUGGGAAGGUUAAUAGACACAAAAUUACUGAGUGUCCAAGUCAGAAUUCUGACCCAUUUCCCUACCUUAUUCAUCCAAUUUGAGUCCAAAUGCCUUUGGAUUCUCUUAAAAUCCCAAUCUACCAUUAAAAAAGCAAUGGAAAGUUUGAACCCUAAGGAGGAAAUUCUCUUCUAAAAUGGACCUGUUAAAUUGGUUCCCAGAGAGGGGCUCUUGGUCUCUUUUCUCAGCUGAAAAGUUCAGCCUCUGAAGAGUUACAGUUAGUCUCUCUCAUCCCCGCCCCCCUCCCCAAUCCCAGGGAAGUUCUAGGUUCUCCUGUUACAGGCUGGCCCUUGAGGAGGUGGGUCAGGAGGCAGUAAUAGUAGACCCUACUCUCCUCUUGUUCCCUAAGGGUGAAAAGGUGGGGGAAGGAGAUUGCACUUGGGCCACGGGGAUGACUUCAUGGAGACCAAUAAAUCCCAAAUGGGCUGAACACAAUACAUCUGACCGGUGCCAAGAAUGUGGCUGCACUGGCUUCUGAGCCGAUAGAACAUGUCUGGAGUGUUUGAGGGCUGAGGGAAGGAGUGGAGGGGAGACAGCAGACGGUGGUGUCCUGGCUGGCUCAGAAUAGCCAGAGUAUUAAUAUGGGACCGUGGGCACACAUGGAUGGCCCCCCGGAGUCUGGGGACGUCUAGGGAAUCUGGGAGGUUUAGGAAUCAUGUUCCCAGUUAUUUCUGGGCCCCGGCCAGCCGCAGUUCUUGAGAAAAGGCAUCCGAGGGGCCCCAGAGGAACCAGAGGAAAGGGAUGGCCUGCCAGACUGGCCUGACUCCUGGAGCCCAAUGUCCCCAAAAGUUUCCCAAGACCCCAGUAAUUGGAGAAACCAUCCAGAAGCCAAAGUAGCCGAUGGCUGCCACCUGGGGGCGAGGCGAGGAACGACACGAGCCAUGGUCCUGACAUUGGGGAUGGCCGUACUGGAGUUAGAGCCACGAGUAACCGUAGGAAACCUCCGAAGUCCAACCCUUUUAUUUAGUAGAAGACACUGCUCAGGUCAUUAAGGCCCACAGAUAGUAAGGAGAACCCUGACUCGUCCAAAAUUUUUCACUAAAGCAGGUAUCCCAACUCACCAAGGAGACACUCAAAAAGCCCCUCAUAAGGCAGUAAAAGAGACUCAGAGCCGCCCGCCGGAGCCAGAGUGCCCUUCAGCUUCUCGUUUUAGAUGAGACGGAGAGCAGCGUGACUGGUCCCUUCAUGGCAGCCCACGUGUCCCAGUCUCCAGAUCCCCGCUCCUUCCCCCCACUCCCUCAGGACCCAACACAGCUCUCC